UCCUAUUCUGUCAGCAAUAAUUGAUGUGAUUGCUCAAAACAGCAUUUUACCAAGGUCCUGAACAUCUCCCAUCACAUCCUCUGCUUUCAUCCCCAACCCACUUGUUUCCCACACCGACCUACUCCUCCAGGAGCCCUUCCCUGGGAACUACUCCUCCAAGUUUGCUACCUGAACCCCAGAUCUGCUCUUCCACUGCCCCCCUGCGAAUCCACACAGCUCUUCCCCAUCCCCUCCACUCGCUACCCUCCAUUCCGCACCUGCCCCUCGCUCAGCCUCUUCUCCCCCUCCCGGCGCUGUCGCUGCGGCGCAGGACAGGAUACAGGACACAGAACACAGCGAAACUCCCAGCGAAGGGCAGAAGCUUCAGUUGGGCUUCACUUCUCUACUACGCAUGCGCACAUGUUUCGCGCAUGCUCCUUAGAGCCGCAGACGGAGGUUGCGCGUGCGCAGACGGUAGACACAAUUCCACCUGAGGCCGCGCACUUCUUUCCCCCCCUGUUGCCCUGAUUGCUGUGGUGUCAUCGGCGCUUGGCCGGUCUCAGCCGCCCCCGGCUGCUGUGACUCGAGUGCCUCCGCGGCCUGCCAUGCCCAUUGCUCGGCUCGCGCAGCACUGAGGGAGCCGCCGGUCAUGGCAGAGUUCCCGCCAGUGCCGCUUUCCCUGCGGGAGGAGCCCCCGGCCGCCCGCUCUGGCUCCGAGUCCGAGUCGGAGGCCGAGCUGUCGCAGAGCCUGGCCCGCACCAAGAUCCGCUCCUACGGCAGCACGGCCAGCGUAGCGGCCCCCUUGGCGGAGCGCUACCUGGAGCAUCGCCUCAGCGCCGGCGACACGCUGCAGGGCAUCGCGCUCAAGUAUGGAGUUACGAUGGAACAAAUAAAAAGGGCAAAUAAACUAUUUACUAAUGACUGUAUAUUCCUGAGGAAAACCCUGAAUAUACCAGUUAUAUCAGAGAAGCCGUUAUUGUUCAAUGGACUUAAUUCGCUGGAAUCGCCUGAGAAUGAAGUUAUUGACAUUUCUCUUUGUGAUGAAGGACCAAUGACAGUUCAGGAAGAGAGUAGUUCUUCUCCCAGUCCUCAGGAACCUGACAAUCAACCUGCUGCACCUGAAGAACUAUCUGCCAAAGAUUUUCUACAUAGACUGGACUUGCAGAUUAAGUUGUCCAAACAGGCAGCCAGGAAAUUAAAAGAUGAAGAUAUCAGGCUUAUUUGCAGCACCCAUCACAAAUCACAUUUAUCAUGUCGUGUAAUGGACUAUAGGAAGGUUCUUGGAUACUACGAUGAUUAGGAUAGUAUAAAAAGCUAUCUGAGUCCUGGCUAUAAAUAAGAGAAAGAAUAACAUCGUGUAAAAAGUAUCAGAGGGGUGGCCGUGUUAGUCUGGAUCUGUAAAAAGCAACAAAGAGUCCUGUGGCACCUUAUAGACUAAUGCUCCAAUAUGUCUGUUAGUCUAUAAGGUGCCACAGGACUCUUUGUUGCUGUGUAAAAAGUGUUGGUAUAACACAGAUUUCUGAUUUGGUAGAUGGUUAUCCAUAUAGGCUCUGAUUCAGCAAAGUACCAAGCACCCAAACACCCUGUGGGAGCUGAAGGUGUAUAAUGAUACAUUACUGGCCCCCCUCCCCCCGCAAAGCAAAAAUCGGAAAUGGCCCCCAAUACACAUUUGUAGAUGUGUCCAAUCUCAUACAACUUUAGUUUCUCACCCAAGCAAUGCUUAUUCCCCCUAGUAGCUGUCUCUUCCUCCUUUACCACCCUCAUACAUUCACCUUCCCUUAGGCCUUGCCUUCACUAGGGAAAAAGAUGUAUUCUUAGCUAAGAGGAGGCUCUAAUGGCUUCAUCCCAUAUCUCCAUACACAAUCCCCUUCCAUAAGGGGGUUGGCCUUUCUCAAACACGCAUGCCAUACAUGGUCUCUGGGAGUUCAUCAUUCCUUCUUCUCUCGCGUACCUUUCUCCUCCUCUUAGUACCCCCCUACGGCUAAUCAGCCACACUUUUCAUGUUCACCCCUUGGAACUUCAUUCAUUAGUAGCUCCUUGGAGUGAAGCCAGAAAUCAAGCCUUGCAGAAGUUGCUCCUUCCAGCCCUCUGUUGGCUUCAGUAGAGAUAUACAGGCAACUGCCUGCCCAGGUGAGCUGCUCCUUAAAUUGUACAUGUGAAAAACCACAAUGUGAAGAGGAGGGCAUGCCAGCUGCUGAAAAGGAGCAACUAUCUACUUCUCCAGCUCUCAGGAAACAGAAGGUGGAGGUGCUGCAUCUCCUUUCUAACUAACCAAUGAGAGGCAUCUCUCUUCUCUCCCCGAAGAGAGACUUGGGGUAUGUCCAGACUACCUGCCGUAUUGGCGGGUAGCAAUCAACUUCUCGGGGAUCAAUAUAUCACUUCUCAUCUAAAUGUGUUAUAUUGAUCCCCGAAUGCGCUCCCCGUCGACUCCGGAACUCCACCAGAAUGAGCGGCGAUAGCGGAGUCGACAGGGGAGCCGUGGCAGUCGAUCUCGCGCCGUGAGGAUGGGAGGUAAGUUGGAAUAAGAUAAGUCGACUUCAGCUACGGUAUUCUAUGCCGUAUCUUACAUAGACACCCCCCACCCCCAGGGUAGACCAGGCCUUGGACAGCAGGAGCCCUUGCAGUCAUUUAGGCCACAAGAUCAGUGUUUUCUCGUGCAAGGGCCCACGUCAGAGUUCAGGCCUCUCAAAAACUACAAAUGCUGCAGUAUGGUACUUAAAGCCUUAGUGCUCAGCACCUCACAAGACCAAACCUGUUGUCUCAGAUGACCUAAGUUAAAAUUCUACCAUAUGAACAUAAGAACGCCCAUACUCGGUCAGACCAAAGGUCCAUCAAGCCCAGUAUCCUGUCCUCUGAUAGUGGUCAAUGGCAGAUGCCCCAAAGGGAAUGAACAUAUAGGUUAUCAUCAAGUGAUCCAUACCCUGUCACCUAAUCCCAGCUUCUGGCAAACAGAGACUAGAGACACCUAAAUUUUAUAAUUUAGUAUCUUAUUGUGCAAUUAAAUAUAUUCUUAAUGCUGUAAAUAUAUAAGCAUUGUUCCUGAGCUGUAUGUAAUAGCAACUAGAAAAGUUAGUAGCUGGGCUAGCAGUAAGAAUAUUUUUAGGAGGGGAUUUGGCAAUACAAUUCUAGUGUUGAGCUGCUGGACAAACCCCUUGUCAUGUACGAUCCAGUGAGUCUAGUUCAUUUUUCACUGCACUCUACACACAGCUCCCUUGUCCUGAGGAUGCAUAUUUAGGUCUGUUGUCUCACAUAGAAGGCUGUGGAUGCUCUGAGUUAAGAGUCUUGUCUGAUUAGCACAUUUUUCUGUGUCAUAGGGUAGACUUUCUGAACUGCUCUCUCCUUUAGCUCAUCACUGUUAAGUCUCUUGUUCAUCUCUUGAUAUGCGUCUGCAUAUUUGACUGGCAUAGGCUGCACUGAUGUACUGUAUUUCCCCAAGCCAGAUUCUCUCAUGCAGAGAAGGAAAAAAAAAAAAACUUCCCUUUUCUCACUCACAUUCUUUGAAUACAAAAAUCAAAAAGAGAAAUAACUCUUUCCCACCAGAAAAUAAAUAAAGCAUAUGAAACAUUUUGCAAAUUUCCUCACAGAAGAGCAGUUGUAAAGAAACCAAAUAGAGAAGGGAAAUUCCUUUCUGAAUGAAAAGGUAACAAAAAAAAUUUGAACCAUAAUAAAAACUCAAUAUAGCUCAAUAAACCAUUUUAAAUGUUUGGUUUUCCAUUAGAAACCUGAUAUCUCCACAGCCCUUCCCCUUUAAACAGUUAUUGAAACAGUAAACCAUUGCAGAGCAAUUCUGAAUUUGAGAAGGAGUUGAACCAUACGAUAUGAAGUCCACACUUCCAAUUCAUCUCCUCUUCCACCCCAGAAGUCAGAGAUUGGACCCUAGGUUUUGGUUUGGUCUGUUUUGUGUGCAUAGGAGAACUGGCCAUGAAAUCCAAAUUUGGGUUCAGAUUUCCACCCCUCUCCACAUUUAGGGGAGUAGAGAUCUGGAUUCUUGUCCAUUUCAUGGGUUAAUGGUAUUCAUCUGCCACCGUCAUUUAACUUGCAUCAUCUUUAGCAUAGUUGAGGACACUGUGCAGGACAUUGCUGAUGAAUCUCGUGAUAAACCUGCUGAAAAGGUGACAUUAACAUGUGAGUACGUGUUGUUGACUUAGCAGUUAAGCUGGGCUGACAGAGACCACAGGUCUCAAGCAAGGAUUUUGCUUAUUUUAACAUCCCUUGCACACAAUAAAAUGUUAAUGUGUAGGAGGGAAUUCAUUUCAGGACCUCAGCAAACUAUACACAUAAAAAGUAGUUUGUGUUCAGAGUGACUGGUUUAAAGAGAGGGACAUUUUACUGUUCCUGUCUGCUUCCUUAUGUGUGUUUUGGGUCAUAGCUUGGAAAACACAACUUUAUUGCUGCAUUUGCUCCCCAGUCAGUCAAAAAAGGGCAAACUACAUUCACUUUUGUAUAUGCAUCAUUAACAAAAUUACAAGAGUACAGAUUUUUGUGGGUCAUGAUGCUGCAUGAAGCACAAAAGCACAGCUUGAUUAUCUGAUUCCAGCUUGAACCUCCAUUUAGAAACUAGAUUGUCAGUUAUAGUCACAGGAAAAAGCUAACUUAGGAGGCAGAGUAAGAAUAAAUAUGUAAAUUUAAUAGAUAAUGUUACUGAGCUACAUGUGGGGUUUUAUUCUCCCCACAACUUCCGUAGACUUUAAUGGGAAUCAAGUGCUACAGCCCUGACAAUGUGCCCAAUGUGGUGGGAGGGGGCACUGAUUUGAUAUCUUUCUAGUCUCAUUUGUAAGUCUUACAGCAUUUCAAACAGGUGAGCACUCAUUGAAGUGCACACAGGUAGGUUUCAAUGUAUAAUCAGAUAUCUCGUGGACUUAGAAGCAAUUGAGGCAUUACAAUUCUUCAAAUAAGUGUGCUGUACAAUGUUGUAAUAUGUGUAACUUUUACUUAUGAUAUAGGUGGGAUUUCACCUGUAUUGAGUCACCUAGACCUUCAUCAGUACUGUAAAAAUAAAACUAAAUGUACAAGUGUUGCCUUAAGCAUAUAUGGCACUUUAUCCAAAAGGACCCCAAAGCACUUCACAGACUGUGGACCAGAAUCUGAUCUGUUUCAUUGGUAUAAAUCAGAGUAACUCCUUUUGGUUUUUAUUGGUUACUCUGGAUUUAUAGCAGUGUUAGUUCAGAAUUGGGCCCUUCCAUCAGUCUGUAUAUAACCGAGAGAGUUUUGUGUAUGUACAUAUAAAUGCACUUACCAAUUCUGCAUCUCUUGCUUUUACUGUUGUUAACUACUGAACCCUCUUCAUAGCUCCCCAAGUCAUUGUUCUCCAGACUCUAGCAUGUGCAGAAUGGUGUUGCUUGCCUUCCUACACACCCCACCCAAAGAACUGGGGUUCCCACUGUUUCAAGAUCCCAUUCAAAAAUGCCGUCCUUGUUUUCACAUUCUGCAUGAACUUUUUCUUCUCCUUCACUUUUUUCUAGCAUGUGCCUCCUAUAUCUUGCCAUUGUUUAGGAAACCUGCUUUUCUGCAGCUUCUGACACCUGGCAAAAUCUAAUAUCUCCCCCCCCCCCCACCAUCAGCUCUUCAGUUUUAUCUGAAAACAUCUUUUCUCCUGUGCAUAGAAUAUCAUUGUCCUCUCAGAUUUGGGGCGAGGGGGGAGCAUGGAUUUAACUCUAUAAAGCCUUUUAGGAUGCAGUUUGUGUGAAAGGUGCUCUGUACACAACAUAGACAGAUUGUAAUGUUAUCAUACCCAGUGGAUUAUGGGACUUUGAGCACAAUUUGGCCACUCAGUCAAUGUUUCUCUGUCAUCAUUACAUGUUAGUAUGGUAUGGCUAUAAUGAAGACCUUUUUAUAUGAAGGUAAAAGUGAAAUAAGUAAAAAUGCUACAUUUCAGCUACACUAACCCUGUACAUUCUAUUUCAAAUGGCCUUGGC